CAGCCCACAAGUCCCAAAAAAUACUAGACAACAACAGCAUCCACAGGCCUGCACGACGAAGAACAUAAACCUGUAAGCAAAAAACAGAGCGAGAGAUUUCUUACUAACCCUAAUUCUUUAAUUACGUAUUUUAAAGUUGUAUCAUCUACUAGCAACAGCCAUGUCUCUGCUUCUCUCGAAGCUUUCUUCCCUGAAAACCCCUGCACUCAGGCACCUCACCACUAGGUUUUUCUCAACUUCCUUUUCGCAAACGUUUCCAUGUUUCAUCGCCGGUGCUCAACAUUGUGGAUCUACUAUGAGGGAUGGGGAUGUCGGAAAUCUCAAGAUUUAUAAAAAUCCUAGUGAUGGUUAUAUUGUUACGGAGAAGAAGGUACCUAUGAAGUUGGUGGAGGAAAUGGGAACGAUAGGAGCGUCAAACGGUUGGGUUGCUACGUUGAAUGAUGGAGUAGUCUGUCUCCAAGAUGAUCUAAACCCAAAUGCGUCCGAUAUCGAUCCAAAGCGCAUUUCACUGCCUCCUCUUGUUACUCUGCCUCAUUGCCAAACCCAAAUUGUAACCAAUGUGGCCAUGUCUUCCUCUUCUCCUGAGGAUGACGAUUGUGUUGUGGCUAUCAAGUUCUUGGGAUCUCAACUCAGCUUAUGUAGGCCUGCUCGAAGCUCUGAGUGGACCAACAUCAAAAUCACAGACCCGAGUUUCUUCUCUUCGCGUGUCAUGUAUUCCAAGAGAGAUGAGAUGUUCUCCAUGCCCGCUUCAAGAGGCACUUACAUUGGAUCAUGGAGUCUUGGAGAACACGGAGACACCCCAAAGAUUCAAAAGUUGCGGUUUCAAGUGUUUCCCGAGUUGGUGCAGUCGGAGUGGGAGUUUUUGGAUUUGUGUUCCAAGAGCGAACACUUGGUGGAAUCAAGACUCACUGGUGAAACUUUUCUGGUUAAAUGGUACACCAAGAGAUGCAUACGUUGGAAAGGGAGAAUGCUAACGCAGCGUUUCAUGGUAUUCAAAAUAGACGAGGAUGGAAACGUGGUGUUCACUAGUGACAUUGGAGAUCUCUGCAUCUUUCUCUCCGAGGCUGAACCUUUCUGUGUUCGGGCUCCGAAAUCCCCAAACUGCGUGUUUUUCUUGGGUCAUGACUACAGCGGAGUAGUCAAUCUCCGCGACUACUACCCGUCCAUUAAUUGUAGCACUUAUUAUCCUGUCCCUUACUAUAUUCCACCCCAAACUCCACCAAAGUUAGCCUACUACUAGUUAGUUUUGAGCUAAGUCUGAGUCUUUGCUUUUUAUUUAUUAGUCUUCAGUUAUGUUCUUGCUGGAGAAGGAUGUAUCAACACCAACAUUUGAUUUGAAACAACAAUUUGAAUUGUUGAUGGUUUUGACUUUUGAGAUCUAAAA